UUGUUGAUUGUUCCUCAUAUUUCAGGAGAGGUCCCGCAGACAGAUCUCCAUAUAAGACCACGGGGUGGUCUGAUCUCUGUGUGUGCCACCAGAGACCAGGAGGGUGGGAGUCCUAGUCUAACUCAUCAGGGAAGGUCUGCACAAAGAUGGUCACCACCAAUUGGCAGCACACUGACGAGCAUAAGCAUUGGAAUUAAAUCAUUCAAACCAGGCAACUGGUGGAGAAUUAUCAUUUUUGAAAAGACUCACCAACAGCAGCUAUACAUCCUUUUUCUCUUCCUCUACUACUGGCAACUCUCAGCUGAAGUGAUGUCUUCUCUAGCAGCACCAGAAAAAUCCCCAUCUAACGCUAUGGGUCCCAAAGAGGUGGAGCUGAUCCUUGUCAAGGAGCAGAAUGGGGUCCAGUUCACAUCCACCACCUUAGUAGCCCCGGCCCAGAGUAACCCCGCUGGGGAGGAGGAGAGGGAGACCUGGGGGAAGAAAAUUGACUUCCUCCUGUCUGUGAUUGGAUUUGCUGUGGAUCUUGCAAACGUCUGGAGAUUCCCUUAUCUUUGCUACAAAAAUGGAGGAGGAGCCUUCCUUGUGCCAUACCUGUUCUUCAUGGUUAUAGCAGGAAUGCCUCUUUUCUACAUGGAACUGGCUCUGGGGCAGUACAACAGAGAGGGAGCAGCAGGUGUCUGGAAGAUUUGUCCAAUCUUUAAAGGUGUUGGCUUUACCGUGAUUCUUAUUUCCCUUUAUGUUGGUUUCUACUAUAAUGUCAUCAUCUCCUGGGCACUGUUUUACCUCUUCUCCUCAUUCACCAACGAGCUACCAUGGGUCCACUGCAACAACACCUGGAACAGUCCAAACUGCUCAGACUGGGCCGACAAUAGCUCGAUUGGCGACAUUUACAAAGCCACACCUGCUCAGGAGUACUUUGAUCGAGCGGUCCUCCAUAUUCAGGACAGUAAUGGUAUUGAUGACCUGGGACGUCCACGCUGGCAGUUAACUUCCUGUUUGGCUGUUGUGAUUAUUCUGCUCUACUUUAGUCUCUGGAAGGGAGUCAAGACCUCAGGCAAGGUUGUGUGGAUCACAGCCACCAUGCCCUAUGUGGUCCUGACUGUCCUGCUCUUCCGUGGAGUAACUCUGCCUGGAGCCAUCGAUGGCAUUAAAGCGUACCUCUCUGUCGACUUCCUGAAACUCUGUGAUGCCAAGGUCUGGAUUGAGGCUGCAACACAGAUCUGUUUCUCGCUGGGUGUGGGGUUUGGUGUGCUAAUUGCAUUUUCCAGCUACAACAAAUUCAGCAACAACUGUUACAGGGAUGCCAUCAUAACCAGUUCCAUUAACUCGUUGACAAGUUUCUUCUCUGGAUUUGUUGUCUUCUCCUUUCUUGGAUACAUGUCCCACAAACAUAACGUGGCUCUAGAUAAAGUCGCCAGAGAUGGUGCUGGGUUAGUGUUCGUCAUUUAUCCAGAAGCCAUUGCAACGUUACCUGGGUCAUCAGUGUGGGCGGUGAUAUUUUUCAUUAUGCUGCUGACACUUGGUCUUGACAGUGCAAUGGGUGGUAUGGAGUCGGUGAUCACUGGGCUAAUUGAUGAAUUCAAAUUCCUUCACAAACACAGAGAGCUGUUCACCCUCUUCAUUGUUGUUUCAACAUUUCUAAUAUCCCUCUUCUGUGUCACAAAUGGAGGGAUGUAUGUGUUUACUCUGCUGGAUCACUUUGCUGCAGGAACAUCGAUUCUCUUUGGAGUGCUUAUUGAAGCCAUCGGCAUCGCCUGGUUCUAUGGUGUGGAUCGUUUUAGCGAUGACAUAAAGGAGAUGAUUGGCCACAGACCAGGGAGGUACUGGAGGCUGUGCUGGAAAUUUGUCAGCCCUUGCUUUCUCUUGUUUAUGGUUGUGGUGAGCUUUGCCACAUUCAACCCCCCAAAUUAUGGCUCCUACAUGUUUCCUCAAUGGGCUAACCUGCUAGGAUGGUGUUUGGCCAUGUCAUCAAUGACCAUGGUGCCACUGUACGCCAUCUACAAGUUCUGCACACUACCUGGAAGGUUUUGUGAUCGGCUAGCUUAUGCCAUCACCCCUGAGACAGAGCAUCAUCUGGUAGACAAUGGGGAGGUCCGGCAGUUCACUCUGCAGCACUGGUUGGCUGUUUGAGAGCUGCAGAUAGAGACAUGGGAAGAGUGAAAGAGAAAGAAUGUCAGAGUGGAUGCUCGAUGCAUGCAAAAACAGAAGUCUAAAGAGCUAAAGCGUGAAGCCAUGUAAACCGGUCGCAGGGAUUAGGAUGCUGAGUUUAAAAGUGCCAAGAAAAAAAAAGCGAAAAAAAAUCCACAGAAAUUGUAGUGUUGUUACAUUUUAAUAGUGGAUGUGUAAAACUGUGCAUUGGCCCCUAUUUACAGUCUCUCCAUAGGCUCAUGAAUGAGAGUCAGUGAAACAGUUCAUUUGGUGUUCAGCCUGCUAUUUCCGUAAAUGCAAAAAGUCCAUAAAUACAUACCAUGAAAGCCCUCUAGAUAUUAGUGUGAUGAAUUGUCCCUGUGUUUUAUAACAGUAGUUAUUUCUUACUGCUGGUGAAUGAACACAGAAAGAUAUUGUGUACAUUGUUGGUGACACAAUUGGAGAUACAAUAUUAUAAAAUUGAUGAUGUUGUAGAGGUGCUACACAACAAAAUUUUUAAUGUAAUUUUGCUAAUGGACUUAAAACAGAAAAUGCAUUUAAUUUGUGAUUAUAUCCAUAUUUCUGAUAAGAAGUUAGCACUAAAAUGAUUAAACUGUAAAGAACACCGUUCAUCUAACUUAAUCAGAGUUCCUAACAAGACUAUGUAAUUAAUAUUUUUUAUUUAAAGACUGUUAUGAUAGCUAACAACUUGUGGAAUUAAACUAUCUUUGUUUACAUCAAAAUUGCUUACAGUGCAUUAUUGUUUCCAAAUACUUGUUUUCCUAACAUGUUUCAGUUAAUAUCCAUAUAGGUGACAGAAUAACCCAAAUAUGCUAUACCAAUUGUCCCUUUGUUGCACCAUUUUAAAAUAUAAACAUAUUAACACAUAUAAAACAUUAUUAUAACACAUAUUAAAAACAUUAAAAGAGGAAACCCAAGAGCCCCCAAAAGGUCACUUUUUAAUUACUUCCAAUUACUUUUUUAAUAGUCAAAUAAUGAAGUUUGCAUUUUCUUUGACAUGUAUUGAAAACCGGUGUAGUACAAACGUUUGUGUUGUAUUGCAGCCUGCUGCAAGCCAUCACUAUUGCCAAUGUCACUGCACAUUUAGUAGUGGCAGCUCAGGUACAUGGUAAUGUUCAUUGAAAGCAUCAAGUAAAGUGUCACACUAUCAGUCCAUUUCAUAAUAUCUUCAGACUGUAAAUAAAUCUUGACUGCACCAAACCAAGAUUAGUGAUUAUUCUGGCUCGGAAUUAAAGGCACAUUGUGGGACAAUGCAAAAGUAUUACAAAGGUAACAUAAAAUGAAAAACAAAAUUUUCCACCAUAUUAGAAGGGAGCAGGGCUUGUUUUAAGCUACAAAAUCAAUAGGAAGUAUUUUAAAGUUGAGUCUUAGUUUAACUAAAAGCAUACGUGGAGAUUUAAACCUCUUAAGUCCCAACAACCGGUACUGGGGGAAGAAUUAUACUUUUUUUCUACUUUCAUCACUGUAGGUUCCCUUAGUUGAACAGAGACGUGUGGUAUCCACAGAAAUAUUAGAAUCUUGGUUAAAAGCUAAUAUAAACAGUUUUUACGAACACCAAACACAGUUAAAACUACACGCAGUUGAAUAAGAAAGUAAACAAACUCCACAAAAUCACCCAAAAACUCUCUCUGUACACACACAACCAGCAUGUCUGCUGAAAGCAGAGAUCUCACAGAUUCCAAAAAUAUAAGUUCUGUCACAGUCUACUCAGGAUUAUUUCAACCAACGACAAAGGAAGAUCAAGAUUUAUCACUUGCAUUCAAAAAACAUAAUUAUUAACACAAUGAUUAUUUAAAUAGAGUUUUUAUUUUCUGAGAAACACUCAAUUUGAUGUGGGCAUGUUAUUGUGAGCACAAACUUCACAAAAACCUAUCAGUAUUUAAAAGAGCAAUAUCUAUUUUGUCCUAGUUCAGCUUUAAGAAGUCAUUGGACAACCAGCAUUUGAUAUCCUUGUAGUGACCAGAGACUCUAUUUACAUGGUUAAUGUGAGUAGAAACAGAUAUGUAUAACUGUGUACUAUCAGUAUGGCAAUGGUAAAAUAUUUGGGAUGUCUAAGGAUAGAGCAAAGUGGGAGCAAAUAUAAAUGAAUCAGAAGGGAACUGACCGUUGACCUCUGGGGAACACUAGGAGCAAUGUUAACUUUACAUCUUAGAAUUACCAACAUUAACAGAACAUUAGUCAAAAAUUCAAUACAUACCAGAGAUGUUAUUUUGCUCACCAAACUGUUCAAACUCACCUUGACCUUUAGGGGGCUCUCUACCAUGAUAUGGUUAAUCAUUGACCAACCAAAGAACAGCUAUUUCUUCCUUAAAUAAGAUUAUGUUUUGAGACAUUUUCCUCAGUCAACUGUUACCAAAUCACUGCCACAAAAUUUUUGUUUGUUCUCCAAGGAUGUUUUGUGAAAGUAUUUACUGUCAUGUUUCCUUUAAAAGGCAUAAAGCUUUAAUUUUAUGGUUUACACAAACCUAUUCUGUAUUUUAAGACUGUUUAAAAAGCUAUUUUUUAUCAAACCACAAAUUAUCAAAAUGUCAUGCUCUAAAUGAAGUUAUAUGUAAAAUUAAAUUGUAUUGUAAGAAAGUUACUGAGA